AUGACGGCCUCAGACACAUCAGAUACGGAGGUCGAUGACUUCGGCGAAGACUACGAUCAAGACAGUGCUGACACGAGCGCAGAUUCUGACUCUGGGGUUUGCUGCACUCACAAUCCCACGCGGCGUCGCUCCUCUAUUAGAGAAAUGGUGAGCGAGGCAACACAUCAGAACUUUCUGUCGCAUAUUCAAGCGAGCAUCUCUGUUCUGUUCGGCGCCCACAUUCAUGUGGAGGCCGAUGCAGAGGAGCGCCCGACGCUGACGGAAGACACCAAAGAGUUACUGGGUCCCUUGGGCAACCUGAAGCUGGGGCUGACAAGCGCCAAGGAGAAGAUCAACUCCCUGAAGACCAUGGGCUUGAAGUAUCAGACAAUGCAUCACACCUUCUGGUCGAAUUUGGCUUUGGCCUUCUGGCUUGGCUUUUGGAUUGCCUUCGUCGGUCUGCCCAAUUAUGCUCUUAGUGCACGGAAAUUCGUUUAUGGUGAGACAGAGAAGACCGCAGAGUUAUUCCAAGCGCGGGGAAAGCCUUGGGAGCACUACUGGUGUGAUCUCUCAAACAGUGGUCUGUCAAAUGAGGAUUUGUUGGACGUGAAGGAUUGUACGACAACGAAUGACUUGCAGCAGGCAGACUUUGAGGGCCAGGCUUUCUUAAACACCACAAGUAGCCUCGACGGGAAAGUCUGCGGCUAUCGUCCCGGGCGUCGGUACUUUGGCUUUUUCCGGCGUUUCUGGAUCGGAAAUGCGCAAGGCAACUAUUUUCCCAAGAUCGACGGUAACGAACCUGUGUACAUUCCACCAGUCAACGCAACCUUCGUCACUUCGGAGGAGGAGAUCCUGGCGGACGGCGGCGAGAAGUGCUUGAAGCUGUGCGAGCAAAAGGGUAGCUGCUCACUUUGGUCUUUCAAGAGCCAGUCGAAUGGCCACAUUGUUGGGGGCAUUUGCCACUUCUUCAACAGCACGGCUGUCAUUGACACUCGCCUCACCUACAACUGGCAGCAGUGGUUGGGUGGAAGCUGCGAGUCAAAUGCCAAGAAGGAAUAUUUCUGUCCCGACAACGCCUAUGGAAGGAUGUGGAACUAUGCCCCAAUCACACAGAAGCCGAGGUUGAGUGCCUGGAACAGCUCUGCUGCCGCCCCGCCCUCCACCGGAAGCUCGGACCCUGAGCUGUGGUGUGGCCUGCUGCCAGAGAAGUGGUCAGAGACCUGGCCCAAUGUGGUGCAGAUGGUGGUCUUCUCCGUCUUCGGGGGCACUGGCACCACGAUACAGCUCUGUUGGCAGGGCUUCGUCGGCACCUUCUGCGCAUGCCUCAACUGCUUUGUGAUGUCCCUGCUCUUUCCCGAAGGUGGCAAGGGAGCCGUUUGCACCACAGUGCAGAUGGGCUUGGGCAAAUGCGCUGAAGGAGAGAUGGUGUACUCCUCGCCGGGCUACCAACCCUGGAUCGGCUGGCUGGAUACCUUGGGCGUACUCUUCUUGUUCAUGGUCUCCAACUCACAGAUCAACACCAUCAAGUUCGGCAUGUCGUGGCACUUCUACUUCAUGAUGGACUUCAUAGAUCCCGAGACUGGCCGUAGCACCUGCCCAUCGUAUGACAAGGUCUUCUUUGACAUGAUUUGCAUGAGCGAGUACUGGUUCGUGGUUCUAGUGACCACUCUCUUGGGCUGCUUCUUUGCUGUGCUUGUCACGUUUGUUCCCUUUCCGCUGUUCAACACAAGGAAGGGAUACUCCGAGCUUGCUACAGUGACAAAUGCAGUGAGCAGUGUUUGGACAGAAGCAGUUGAGUACAUUUGCGGCGACCGGAAGACGGCACAGCGCUUCAGACUAGAAGCAAAGAUCGAUAUGAUCGGCGCUCUGAACAUGACCAUUGACAGCAACCUGAAGGCGGCCUGGUGGGAGUCGGCAUUUCUUUGCCGCUACGAGCCCAAGCGCCAGCAGCUUUUGACAAUCCAGCAGAAUCUUCAGGAUGUCUUCGAUGUGCUGCCAGCAGUGAAGUCAUGUGUGUUGAACGAAGACUUCGGAGGCAAGCAUCAGGAGUUCAUCAACAAGAUGAAGCCAAAACUGCAGGCAAUCUCGCAGGAGGCCACGGCCCUCAUGGAGCAAUGUACAGGUGCGCCAAAUGCGCCAAAGAAACUUCGAAAGACCCUGCUGCAAGCCAUUGCAGAGUCUGCUCAGCACAUCAGAAGGCUACAGCGUGAUCUAGUCAAAGUCUACCGAGACACGAGCCUCGAUCCAAGCGUCGACUUGGCUGACGAGACCAUCUUGGUCUUCGGCCUCUCAUUUGUGGCAAGAAAAGCUGCAGACCUCAGCAGCAUCAUCAAUGAGGAGACGACUUGGUCCUGCUGGCGUUGCGACAAUCUGAAGCUUCUUUGCAGAGGUGCCUGGGAAGGGUUUGUGAACACCUGGUCUCCGAGCAAGAUAUUUUGUCGUGAACAUCUUGAAUUUGCAGUGCGGAACUUCGUGGGAAUGGCUGUUGUGUUCUUCCUCGCGAUUGCGCUUAAGAACUACAUCUUUGUUCGGUACUCUGCUAUCAUGCCGGCCACUCUGGCCCUGCUCAUCUCCCGAUUCUCCAGCUCAGCCUUCACCAACAAUCUCCACCGACUGCUGGGAGUUCUGCUGGGGAAGGUUCUGCCCAUUCUCAUCCUGUCGGGUCUCUCAACAUUGAGCUGUGGCGCUGCCUUUCGCUCUCUGGCCGCGUUCUUCUGCAUUUGGAUCUAUAUCACUGUUUUCUCUUACAUGUACUACACGUCGCAGACCUGGUCCUUAGUGGGAUGCUUGGUCGCUGGAUUUGGUGUGUACCCCCUCCUGACGCCCUGCGUCAACGGCAAUAGUAUAGAUCCCGAGACCUUUCAGUUGCGGUACUCGGAGCUUGGUCAAAUCACCAUGGCUCUGGCGGUGCAGCUGGCAGUAGAUUCCCUUCUGAAGCGGGAAGGACCUGCAGAUGUGGCAGUCCGGGAGCUGAAGCACUUGCUGCAUCGUAUUUUUUUGGGCUAUGACGGCCACAAGUCUGGGCUACAAGCAAUCUUCACGAAAGAUUUGCCGGAGCUGCAGCUGGCGCUGCGGGAGGCGCACGACUGCAUGGCCAAGGCCAAGACGCUCUGCGUGGAGGCAGAUCCAAAGAUGCAGAUCGUCUCCGGGCCCUACACGCCCUUUAAGAUUGAGCUCUACAAGAACGCACUUGAGAAGCUGCAAGGCUGCAUGGUUUGCUUGAACCUGCUCAUCAUGAGUGAGAAGACGUGGGCUGUGAACGAGUCUGUCCGAGAUGUCGAUGCGCACGACGAAACUCAGGAAACAACGGACUACACAGAUCCCACAUCUCAUAGCAUCCUGGAGAUCAUGACAGCAUCUUCUCUCUUCCAAGCGGUGGAGGAUGAGUUCCUUCGCUACGCCGUGAUGACCUCACAGGCGCUGGAGGCAAUCCUGAAACACCGGAUUGAGGCGAAGCUGGAGCAUACGGAUGUGGAGGAGUUGAUGGGCUGCGAGAAGAUGAUUGAUUCUGGUUUUACAUUUGAGAAUUUGGACAGGUAUUUGUCGGAGGUGUCGCAGCGAACAAGGGGUAUUCGAACGGAUAAGUAUGAGCUGACGAACAAUCUUCAAGCAAGGAUUGUGGUGGCGAUGCGUUCUUUUGUGGGGCUGUCAACAAGAUUAGCGGAUAUCCACUCGCUAUGUUUGAAGGCCAACAUCACCUGA